AGCCAGCUAGUAGAAGGGAAAAAAAAUCUACUACUACUAGUACUGCCGCCCUAAUCCUUUUCCUUUUGGAGUUCGUGUUAUAUCUCGAGCCCCCACCCUGCCGCUCGCUCCCCCUCCUCCCGCUUGAUUCCAGUGGCCCUGCUUCCCUCGUCGUCACUCUCUCUCGAGAGCAGCACCGGCACUUCGGACAGGGUAAGCGGGCAUCACGAAUCUGCUUCAAUUCCCUUCCCCUGCUCUCAGAUCUCGCCUUUUCUUCCUGGGAUUUGAGCUCGCUCUCGCGCUUCCCCUACGCAUCGUGAACUCGUUUCUUUAGUGGUGACAAUAGCAGCGAUUUGCCCGGAGGGUUCUCGAGGUAUUUCAGCAGUUGCGCUGUUGCGUUGAAUCGAGUAGGAAAGGAGUAGGAGGACUCGCCCCCCAUCCACAGUCUAUUCAAGAAGCUUGUGGAGAGUUGAAAAGCAAAGGUGUGUUCUUGUCAUGGAGCAGCCGCAGCAGAAGGGAGUAGCGGUCUCUGCGCAGGCGGCGGCCGCGAACGGGACCAAGGGCGCGGAGCUGAUCGGGUACGUCGACGUGCUCGUGCGGAGCGCGCGGGACAUCCAGAACAUCUGCAUCUACCACAAGCAGGACGUGUACGCGCGGCUCUCGCUGCCCGGGGACGGCGCGCCGGCGGCGUCCACGCAGGUGGUCAACGGCGGGGGCCGCAACCCGGUGUUCGACCAGUCGCUGCGCCUCGGCGUGCGCGCGGGGGACGUCGACGCCGCGAUCCGGUGCGAGGUCUGGAUGCUCAGCCGCGUCAAGAACUACCUGCAGGACCAGCUGCUGGGGUUCGCGCUCGUGCCGCUCCCGGAGGUCGUCGCCGCCGACGGCGGCACGCUCGCCCGCGACUUUCCGCUCACCACCAGCGACCUCUUCCAGACCCCCUCGGGGUUCCUGCAGCUCGAGCUCUCCUACAUCGGGGUCGUGCCGGAGGUCGUGCCCAUCUCGCCGACGCCCAAGCCGGCGCUGGCCGACCCGGAGGAGCCGGAGAACAACGCCGCCGGGAACGGGAAGGAGUACGAGAAGAUCGAGUUCCCUGACCUCAAUCUCGUGGAGGAGAACCAGAUCAUGGUCUCCGAGUACACCAGGCUGCCGUGCGCGGCCGUGGAAACGCAGAGCUCCGACAGCCUCCUCACCUCGGAGCACGGGGACGGCGCCACGACCCUGGGCCACGACGCCGGCGUGCGCCUCGUGGAGAGCUUCUCGACGGACAACAGCACCGCCGACUCGGUGAGCACCUUCCGGAGCGACACGCCGGUCAGCAGCGUGUCCACCACGGAGUCCCCCGCUGCCGCGGCGUUCCCGGCCACCCCUCAGUCCAACUUCAGCUCGGAGCCGUCUGGGAACGCCCACUCGUCGGCUGACCGCAAGGAGAAGCCGGCGUUGGAGACCACCGACGCGGAGGUCGCCUCGUCCCGCACCGUCCAGGAGGUCCCGGCGGCGAACUCACCCGGCGCCGCGUCGGAGGCCGCCGUGGACAAGCCGGUGAUCAGCGUCAACAUCGAGCAGGAGGUGAAGGUGGACGGGAACCAGAUCAUGGACAUGUACAUGAAGAGCAUGCAGCAAUUCACGGAUUCCCUGGCUAAAAUGAAGCUCCCUGCCUUGGACUUGGACAUAGACAAUGGUAGCAGCGGGAGGAGUAGUCCUGCAGCAGCCACAACCGACGCAGAAUCCACUGGUGCCGACUCGAUCGCGGUGAAGAAGCCAGCCGCCGCCGGGAAGCAGGAUAAGCCAUCUCCCAAGGUGUUCUAUGGCAGCCGGGCGUUCUUCUGAUCUCCUGUCCGCUUGAGCACUGGAAGCACAGCGCUCCAGCCGCCGAGUAACGAAGCAAAGAGACGGCAUUUGCAGUCGCCUCAGCUGAAUCUUACUAGCGCAGAGGAAUAACACCUUCUCAUGCUCUUGCUCUAGAUUUGCCAGAUAGGGAAUUAAUUGCUCGUUUCAAUGUAUUAGUUGCUCGUUUCAAUGUAUCGGUCAGUACUUAUGAAAAAUCGUCUGGUUUCCCUCUUUUAGGGCUAGUUUAUGGA